AUGCUGGGAAUUUUCAACAAAAAAUUGGUGAAUCCACCUCAAGAGCUUAAUUGUCCAGCUCCAUUGAAUUCAUCCAAAAAAUCUAAACUUCCUGAUGAAAUCCUUCAGCAUUUCAUAUCAUUCAAUCCUUCCCAUGCUUUCUCCAUGAACUUUGGAAGUGAUGCUAUUCUAGGUUAUUCUCCUUCAAACAAUCAUCAAGGGAUGUUUUGUGGUUUGGAUAACAUAUAUUGUGCUUUCAUGGGUAGCUUGAACAACCUAAGUAUGCUGAUAAAGCAAUAUGGACUAUCAAAGGGAACUAAUGAGGCCAAUUUCGCUAUUGAAGCAUAUAGGACACUUCGCGACAGAGGUCCAUUUCCUGCGGAUCAAGUCAUCAAAGAACUCGAUGGUAGUUUUGGAUUUAUCAUCUUUGAUAACAAAGCUGAAACUGUUUUUGUUGCUUCAGAUUGUAAAGGACAGGUUGAGCUUUUCUGGGGUAUUGCAGCUGAUGGUUCUGUAGUUAUUUCUGAAAAUGUGGAGCUUAUUAAAGCAAGCUGUUCUAAGUCAUUUGCAUCAUUCCCACCUGGGUGCAUGUUUCACAGUGAGCAUGGUCUAACAAGUUAUGAGCAUCCAAUGAAGAAAAUGAAGUCAAUGCCACGUGUUGACAGUGAAGGAGCUAUGUGUGGGGCCAACUUCUAUGUGGACUCCCAAUCAAAGAAGUCCAUGAUGCCACGUAAUGGAAGUGAAGCUAAUUGGGCUACUUGGGGCUCACAAGCUUGA